AUGACAGACCUGUCUAUAAAAUUUGUGGUAGACGACAUUGGGGACAGAGUCGUACGGACCAGUAGUCAAAGCCAUGUGGCAUCUGCAAAAAAGACUGGUCAUAAGUCCUUGGAUUGUAAGGACUUGAAGAACGUCGUGUGCUACGGAUGUGGCGAUAAGGGCCACAUAAAGACUAACUACCCUAAACGAGCUGUUGAGGGUACUGCAAAGCCUAGGGAGGCAAAGAAGUCCAAUGCUCGAGCUUUCCAACUAAAUGCAAGAGAAGCAAUUAAGAUACAAAUGCCAAUACGGGCUUGGUUUUUGCUAGAGUUUUAUUUGAUUCUAGAGCCGAUAAGAGAUUUGUUGACCAUAAACGGUAGCAUAGAAACCGCUUCCAUGAUUCUUGAUGGAUGUGUUAUAUCCAUUACGAAUCAUUCUAUCCCUGUUAAUCUUUUGCCAAUGACGUUGGCGGGGUUCGAUAUGGUUUUAGGCAUGGAUUGGCUAGCUGAUAACCAAGCCCGUAUUGCCUGCGAUAAGAAACUUAUCGAGAUUAAUUCCCCUACGCUACGGAUUGCCCAAGAAAGUAUCUAUGCUUAA